UAUAUCGGAAAAUUUGACGUUUGGACUUCGGUGUUUUUGUGUUUUCUGUGUGGGGAUUUUUAAAAAUUACUAAAAUAUCUGUAGAAAAUUCAGUGAAAAGGGUUGAUUUUUCCUCAAUAAUUGUUAGAUAAAGUGGUGCAGGAUGUGCCGAAUACUGAUUUAUGGGUGUCAGGCCUUUGAGAAGGUCACUUCGAAGACAGAAAAGACAACUUUGAUAUUUUGUAAACAAAAGGGAGAUAUCGUUAAAGUGGAAACAGAUGAGACUUUUGCCACAGAAAUCCUAGUUAGCCACGAUAUCCUUCCGGAUUCGCAUGAAUUCCUCUUCAUGCCAUCCAUCAAGGAUGAGCACGAGGAGGUGAUUGAUCUCGAUCAGCCGCACGAGGAAUAUGUCGAGGCGAUAGCACCAUUUUCCACAAAAGAGGAAUCUGAAUUAUCAGACUUUGAAUUCGAGGAUGAGGAUUUCAAGCCGGAUGUGAAGCCAAAAAUUGAACGGAAGAAGCGUUCAAAGAGCAUUAAGUACGAUUAUAUCAUGGAGGAUGGAAGAGUGAAGUGCAAUCUUUGCCCCAAGACUCUCAAGACCAGACGCAGCUAUAGGAGCCACAUGAGGCUCCACCGGAGGCAGCAGUUCCUCUGUGACAUCUGCUCAAAGACUUUUGUGAGUGUAGAAAAGAUCCGGCGGCAUAUGAGAGUGCACACGGGAGAGAAGGAAUUCCUUUGCGAUUUAUGCUCAAAAUCCUUCGAUUAUCGUCACAAUCUUGAGAUUCAUAUGCGUUCGCAUACAAAAGAGCGCCCCUAUCGAUGUCAUCUGUGCCCCAAAACGUACACAACUCAAGGAAAUCUCAAUUUCCACGUUCAGGGCCAUGGGGGCCUCAAGAGCUACGUUUGUGAGAUUUGUGGGAAGGCUUGGAGUCGAAAGCGCAGCCUCAAGGCUCAUCUGAACACCCACAAUGAACAGAAACUCUUCAAAUGUGAACUCUGUGCCAAGGAAUUCUCUCAUCCAUCCUGCAAAAAUCGCCACAUGAAGGUCCAUACAGGAGAGAAGAAGCAUCAAUGCACAAUUUGCUCGAAAGCUUUCGCCAGGAGAGAUCAUGCUCAGAAUCACAUGCAGUUGCACGUGAAAUGGGGCAAGGAGCAGAUAUAGGUAAGGCACGAUGGGGUGGAUCUACAAUCAUCUCCUAUUCCCACCCACUCACACACCCCAUCGUUGCAAUCCAGCCAUUUUCCCGGAACUUUCCCUGGAUAGAGGCUGAGUGAGUUCAAAUCAAAAUGUUAGAGGGCAUUUUCCCUCUCAAAAAUACUCCUUUUUGCAAAUUUCCUUUCAUUCUUUAGCAAAUAGAUAAUCCCUCUCCAUUAAAUUUGUUUUCUUUAAAGGACCUGGAAAAAUUGGACAGUAAUAAAUGAUGAGAAAUAUCUUCUGCUUAAA